UUGUCUUUGUAUUCGCAGUCAGUAUGUUUGAGAUUUACGACUACUUCUGGUUGGAUGAAAAUCUCAAAGACAUUGGAAACUACAUGUUGUGUCUACAGACCAACAGCAGCAGUGACUGCAUCUCGGUUUUCGAUGACGUGGGUGUGGCAGUGUUGCAUGCCACCAUUCCAGUGUCCUUUUCUGUCUUCGUUGUUUUAGUGAUGAUCUAUAGCCUCUUUCCAGGACCAGCCAGAAGACUGUGGGCCGGAUAUUUUUAACAGUGUUUUUGUUCUAAGACAAAAAGGAAGACUAACUGUCAAAGUGAAUCCAAUCAAGAGAACGAUGGGAGUCGAGAAAGGCUGACGAUGGACAAUUGCAAGAUCCACCUUCAUAAAGAAACUGAUUCAGAACAAAAGGAAGACCAACGAGACGACAUUGUUAGUGAAGGAAUAGAGGAACAGAAUGGCAGGACAGAGAUCAAUGAAAGCAGCAGGAGUCGUCCAAAGUAUACAGAAAAUAGUGCCAGUGAAAAAUGUCAUUUUAUAGAAUACGACGAAAAUACUAAAAAUCUUAAUUUUUUGAAACAGUGGGAAGACCAAGUCAAUAACGGUUACGAACAGAACACGAAAACGAGAACUAAAGCAGGACCAACGUUAAGAAGUACCAUCCCUGUCAAACAAAUGUGCAAGAUAGCAGACCCUGUCUCCGAACAAUUUAUGAGAGCUCAGUGGGCAACACAACAAUGAAACAUUGUGGAACUUAUAAUAGCCUUAGUUGCUAGUUGUUGAUCUACAGAGGUGGCAACUAUUAUAUAACUAAACACAGCUGAUGUUGAUACUGUUUAGACUGUUGCUAAACGUAGUUGGUGCGUUCAGGAUUAAACUAUAAAAA